GAUAAAGACUGAACAAAUUCAGCAAAGAAGACAAGACAGAUACUACCAGACUAUUACAGAAUCCAUCUGUGGAGAAGUUAUUAAAGCUUAUAAAGUCUUCCCCCUGUAGGACUCUAGCCAGCAUUAGUGAUGGUAUGUGUGGGCAAGCUAACAUUGCUGCUGGGAAUGCUGCUCUGUUUCGGCGCACAUCUCUGCCACUCACAGCACUGGUCCCAUGGAUGGUACCCCGGGGGCAAGAGAGAGCUCGACGCGCUCACCACUGCUGAGAUCUCAGAGAAGAUUAAACUAUGUGAAGGCAGGGAAUGCAGUUAUGUGAGACCACAGCGGAAAAACACCUUGAAAAACAUUUUGGUGGAUGGAUUGGCAAGAGAAUUUCAGCAGAAGAGGGAGUAACUGCAUUGCUGUAACAUUUACCCACCCUCUGUCUCUCACUGGAAAAGGGUUCCGCGGACUACACUCCUUGGAUCUAAUUCCUUUAAUUCUUCAUCAUUCCUCUAUGAAACUUACUGCUACCACGCUCUAAUAACACUCUUAAUUAAUCCACCCUCAGGGUUUAAGAAAUUUCUCAGCCAUUGUUUUCCUUUG